GAAAAAUAUAAGGUGGGACUUGAUUAUGUUUAGCAGGAAUUGUUUGGAUCAUUGGAUGAUUGUGGCUUGCUACUGCUGUGAUGUCAUGUGAGUGACAGGUUGUCUGGCCCUUAAAUACGUUAUCAAAGAAGAUAAGAGAUGUUGUUGCAAGAGGCAGGGGAAGUUAUUUUGAUUAAAGAUUACAAAGGCACAUGAAUUUUAACAAAAGAAUGAUGUGCACAGAUAAAUCAUUUGUAAUAAAUACUGCAAUGCUCUCUCUCUCUAAUAUUAUAUAUAUAUAUAUAAAUUAAUAUAUAUAUAUAUAAAAUAAUUGUCCAUUUAGUUUUCAUGUUGAUUCAUCACCAACUAAUGAAGAAUAAUAUAUUCACAUUUUAUGUAGGCCGUAUAUACCAUGCCAUCCUGUAAUGCCUAAACCAACAACUGGCAACCACAUUGGCUAAACUGAAGUGUAUGAAUCUACAGAGCGUCAAGAACCACAGGAGGAGAUUUCACCCUGCAGAACAGAGUUAGCCUCAGGUCAGAUGUGUUUGCACAUUCUACAUGAUUUUCCAUAUAACUGAAGGACCAGACUCCUGGGCCAUUUCCUGGAAGAUUGUGUGGUUGAUUGGAGGUGGAAUUAGUCAAUAGUUAAGCUGAAAUGUCCUCUAUGCAGGGCAGGGUCAGGUUCAGCUGCAUCCAGCAUGCUGCGCUCAUAUGCUAUUUAAAGCCUAGCGAAAGCUUUGGCCUUACAGGCCUAAUCUUCUCUUGACAAAGAUGCAUUAAUCUAUGGCUUCAAUCUAUGGUGCUGGAUGGCAGCUUUAGGUCCAGUCAGAGUGGGAUGGGUCACAGCAGCCUCAGGACUGGUAUUAUGGUAUAUCUCGUCCUUGCGUGCCUGGUUCGCUGACAUCUGGGAACAGGCUCUUGAGAAAGACAGAGUUUAUCUGAAAGGGAGGGAUGAAGUAGGAGGGGAUCAUAGUGGAGAUUGCAUAAAAUUCGCCAUGGCUUAAGAGAGUGGCUAAAGGUAAUCUUAACUCUGCAACACAGAUGACCACUCAAGAGUGAGAUCAUAGCCAAAGAUGACUUUAUAUAUAUAAAAGUUUUUUUUAAUCCAUGUAACCUACUUAUCCAACUGCUAUUUUUCUUUUUAAUUCAAAGUAUUACGUCUGUACACAAACUAAUAAAUAAUGUUUAUUUCAAAUCAUAUAAAAAAAAUAAAGUGUCACAAGAAUAGUAUUAAUUUUACAAGUGGAAUAUGAGUUUUUGACAUUAAAUACUUUUGGAAAGGUGAACAGUUUUUGCUAAUUAUUUUCAAAGAUUCUGCUUAAUUGUUUUAUAUUAUGCAUGCAGCUUUUAUCAUCUCAUAUUGAUUGAGAAUACAUGGAAUACUUUUGAAAACUUUCAUGAUAAAAAAAAAGCCCAUUGUUCUUUACACCAUUGCAGGUUAUGUAUCCAACUUGUCAAGGGCAGAACAAAUGGGUAAGGGAUGGGGCAAGGAAGGAGAGAGUGAGGCGGGGGAGGGAGGAAAGAUCAGACCUCCCCUUUAACCUGUGGCAGCAGUAGCAGCAUUCUUGAUCCAUGACAGUGAAACAGCAAGUGGUUGGUGUCCAUAAGUCUGUGGGAUUCUUCCGAAAGGUUCACCGUCCACGGUUAACCACCAGAUGUGAAGAGAUUAUUAUGAGGAAACCAUUAGAGAUUCUGGACCCUUCGAGGAAUCGGAGAGUACAUUGUUCCUGUCAGGUUUAAGUAGAGUAGGAGUGUAACCAUGACCGGCACUCCAUAGAUUUCGGACCACCGGACCCCCGAGCUGCCCAUCAACCAUGGAUCCCAUGUUCCACAACAUCAAACUGGGGUCAGUUUGCACCCCUUCGGAGCGGAACAGCAAGCGUCACCGAUUGCAGCAUGUCAGGAGGAAACUACGUCCUUCACGGAUUUUUGGUUUUAUCCUGAGCCUCUCUGCCCUCACAUUGUUCCUGUCCUGGAGUGCCUUUACCCUCACUUUGGGCCCGUUCCCGAGAUGGAUGCCACUCACCUCUCUCGCCAACCAUGAGGGACUUGCAGAGCCAGUGCCACAAAGAACUGUCCUUUCUUCCGACGAAGACCGUAACGUUUCAGCAGAUACGCCCAUCGCCAUGGCCUCGUCCACUGAACACACCCAGGGAGACUACCCUGAGGAUCUGUUCACACUGGAGGAGAGGAGGCAAGGUGCUGUCGUGCUACAUAUGUUCGGCAUGAUAUACAUGUUCAUCUCCCUCGCUAUUGUGUGUGAUGAGUUCUUCGUCCCCGCUCUCACCGUGAUCACAGAAAAACUCGAGAUCUCAGAUGACGUGGCGGGCGCCACCUUCAUGGCCGCUGGAGGCUCUGCUCCUGAGCUUUUCACCUCUGUGAUUGGUGUGUUCGUCUCACACAGCAAUGUGGGCAUCGGGACCAUUGUGGGUUCUGCUGUCUUCAACAUCUUGUUCGUGAUCGGGAUGUGCGCUCUCUUUUCACGUGAAAUUCUGAACCUCACUUGGUGGCCUCUGUUUAGAGAUGUCACCUUUUAUAUCAUUGGACUAAUUAUGCUUAUCGUCUUUUUCCUGGAUAACCACAUUACCUAUGGUGAGAGCAUUGGACUGUUAUGCUGUUAUGCUAGCUAUGUCACUUUUAUGAAGUACAACGUGGCCGUAGAGACUUUGAUCAAGACUAAAGUACUCAGGAAUCAAGUGGAUGACAUUGAAGCUCCUCCCAAGGUUAUCAGUGCAGUAGAUGAAGAAAAUAAACUUUCGGCUAAACCCCGCCUCCAGCGAGGAGGAAGCUCCGCCUCCCUCCACAACACUCUCAUGAGAAACAGCAUCUUCCAGCUAAUGAUUCACACACUCGAUCCUCUCAGUGAUGGGAAGUUCAAGGAGAAGGCAUCAAUUCUACACAAGAUCGCAAGAAAAAAGGGAGAAGAUGAGGCAAAUGGUGUUGCCGACAAGAACCUUCCCAACAGCAGUAACGUGGAGGUAGAAGUCACUCCGCCCAUGAAUGGCAGUGUUGCAGCUGAGGUUGAGGAGGAGGAAGAUGAAGACCAGCCUCUGAGCUUAGCAUGGCCAGACACAGCGAGAAAGCGAGCAACAUACCUCUUCAUCUUCCCCAUCGUCUUUCCAUUGUGGCUGUCACUGCCAGAUGUCCGAAGAGAGACGUCAAAGAAGUUCUUUCCGUUAACAUUUUUGGGAUCUAUUUGUUGGAUUGCUAUUUUUUCCUAUCUGAUGGUGUGGUGGGCUCAUCAGGUUGGUGAGACUAUUGGAAUAACGGAGGAGAUCAUGGGUUUAACUAUUCUAGCGGCUGGCACCUCCAUUCCUGAUCUCAUCACCAGUGUUAUUGUUGCCCGGAAAGGUCUCGGCGACAUGGCCGUCUCCAGCUCAGUCGGCUCCAACAUAUUUGACAUCACUGUGGGCCUGCCAUUUCCUUGGUUACUCUUUGCAAUCCUAAACGACAUGGCUCCAGUGACUGUGAGCAGCAACGGCCUGUUCUGCGCCAUCGUUCUGCUCUUCCUCAUGCUCCUCUUCGUCAUUAUCUCCAUCGCUGUGUGCAGGUGGAGGAUGAGCAAGCUGCUUGGUUUCCUCAUGUUCCUGCUGUACUUUGUGUUUCUGGUAGUCAGCGUAAUGCUGGAGGACAAGGUCAUCAGCUGCCCAGUCUCCAUCUGAUUCCUUUAUCACGCCCGCUGUUGUUCGUUUUCCAGGAACAGGCCCUCUUUUAUUGCUCUGAAGGCACUCCAGGGCAUACGAAUUAUAACACAAAAGCUGAGCUGUGGCACGGCAUCUAUAUAUCCACUGAAGUCUGAGUAGCAGGGCUUUCCAAGCAGUAGUUUGUUACGGGAAAGUAGUGCAAUAUUCUGCAUGCACUCUCAAAGCAGUACAUAGAGACUUGAUGUACUGUAGAUUUUAGCCAUUUUUAAUAUGAUGCGAGAUGAGGCUGGACUUUAAGAGCGAGGAGACACCACAUCCAGUGAGGAGGCGGACAUAUAUGGGGAAUGUCUACAGACUCAGGAAAGGACCUUUGGUGCAAAUAUGCAAUAAUAAAUAAAUCAAGAUCCUGGUACUGUGCUUUAAAGCUCAUGGUAUCAUAAGCCUUGUGUUGCACAAUUACUUCCUAAAAAGAAGGAAGAAACAAAGCUCUAUAUUUGCUUUGUCCAAAUGCUGGUCCUUUCUGAUUGUUAUUUGAGCAUUUUCAUUCUGAGUAUAUCAUAUAAUUUAUUGAAUAGACUUGUAGACUUGUAGUCUUCAGAAGUCUAGAACUGCAAAUAAUCAAUAUCCAACACACAGAUUUGGAGUGCUCAUACUAUGAAAUAUAAUCAACCACAUUAAUUAUGUUAUUUGUAAAUGCAAUAUUUUGUAUGUUUAUUCUCUGGGACUGAUGUUUAAUUUGAUGUGAUUUGUUUGGCGAAAUCCAAUGAGUGGAUGAAUAGUGCAAGAUAUUCUCUGCUUGUAGAGGAGAACCAGUUAUCACUCUCUUAUCACAGUCAGUUACAGCAAAAGCCGUCAUUUCUUGUGCUGUAGGGUGACUUCAUAAUCAUCAUCUGUCUCUAGAAUAUUGAGCAGUGUUCAUGAACUUUUACUGACUCUACUGUUAUCAGAGCUGCCAGCUGGUGUCAAUGUGAGUAGAUCUGUACGGUGCACUUUGCAGAACUCUUUAACAAUCAUUCAUCUCUGCCUGUAUCUCUCAUAACUGUCUUAAUUGUAAUUUCGGCUGAUGGGAUGAAAUUUGGAAGUUAAAGUACUAAAGAAAUGGAGCAUCCAACAGCUUUGCAGUUGACCGAUAUUCUUAGUUAAAUACAAAUGUAUCUAUCCAUUCAUAACUUCUGUAUAUUUACAUGAGUGAUGGACAAAAUAAAAUUAUUUCUAAACCUACAUACUGCAGAAGCGCCAUUACUUGAAGUAUUUGUAGUUGUUUUGGAAUUAUUCAAAAUUUUCAAUUUGAGCGUAAAUGAAUAGUUCACCCAAAAAUUAAUUUUCUGUCAUUAAUUACUCACCCUCAU